CGAGGGGUUGGGAUAGCCCGCGCAUCAAUUGAAUAUAAAGAUAUAAAAGCCGUCAAAGUGUUAUAAUCUUCUGUAAAUAUUUGUUUGCUGUUAACCAGUUACCUCUUCUCCAUAUGUUGCACGGUUUCUGCUUCGUGGCGUUAACAUUUACAGACCGGGGCUAAAAACAUCCAGACUCGCGCUAUAUGAAUUGCUACUCGUACGAAUUCUAAGGGCAAUUAGCAAUUUCAAACUGUCUUGGAUUUGGAAGCGCAAGAGCAGGAGGAGAAAAAUCAGAGAGCGCGCUCACGCGAUAGAGUCCUGCCCGGCCUCAUAAUUGGAUCUUAAUAAUUCCUUAUUUACGGUGGGGAGACCGGCUUAGAAAACUGUCAUAAGCACAUGGUGUAUCGACCGCUCAGUGCAGUGGUUGGAGAAAUUGUAAGGCCGUGGACACAGCACUGGAGACAGUGGGAGGAAUGCUCAGGAGAGAGACGGAAGCGGAUCACAAAAAGAAAAAUAUCAUGUCGAUUUUAUAUCUCACCAGAGGCCAAAAUUAAUUCGCAAAUUAUCAACCACCGUAUAAAAAAAUCCUCUUAAGUCGAUUUGAAUAUCUUCACCAUUUUGAUAUUUGUUUGGGGAAAUGGAAUUAUCGAUGGGAAUGAAAUAGUAAACAUUGCAACGUCUGUGGUUUGGUCGCCUUUUUUUAGCCUGUUUUUCUAAUUAGGAAAAAAGCCAACAAGGCCGUUCCAAAUUCAUUUGCUACUAUUCUUGGAUACGUUUCCCCACAGAGCAAAACUCAUUAAGGAUGUAUACCAAUAUUUGUAGUGAUGGCACUGGGAUGUGAUAUUUUCCUAUACGUGCAUUUGUAGUUUUCUUUCAUCCAAAAAGACCAUUGAAAUUAAAAUCCCAAGACUUUGUUAAUAAAUUCUAAGGAGAAUGUUGUGGAUCUUUGGAAGUUCAGCUAAAUAUCAUAAAACGAUGGUGUGUCCUUGACCUUCUAAAGAAUAAUGUCUUCAAGUCCAUGGGUUUCCGUUACGACGACGGUCUACUCAGAUCACCAGUACCACUAUAACGAAACAGAACUCCAAACAAGUCACCCACUUCCGGUAAGCGAUCUGCUCUCGUCAACCGGUUUCCAUGGCAACACGUCCAACGUGACCUCACCGAGUUACGAUCACGUGCACACCAGCUGGACUUUGGUGGAGACGGUGGUCUUUGCAACAUGGCUGAUCAUUUCCAUGGUUUUUACCGUUGGGGGAAACUUCAUGGUCAUUGCGGUGGUAUGGAGACACAGGGGAAUGCGGACAAGAACUAAUAUGUUUAUAGUCAACUUGGCAAUAGCGGACUUCUUGAUUGGUAUUCUAUUGGCGCCCAUUUCCCUGACCACGUUGAUCUCACACGACUGGAUUCUAGGGGAUGAAAUGUGUUUCUUAAACAGCUUUUUGAAUGCCGUCUGCUUUUUGACAUCUCUACAAACGUUGAUGUAUAUAAGUAUUCAUAAGUAUUUAUCAAUUACCCGUCCAUUGUUACGCAUCACUAAGUGCAAAAUCCUUAUCAUGAUCAUGGCCGCCUGGCUAUGGGGAAUUAUAUGUGCCGCCCUGACCACUAAAAUUCUAAGUCAUUAUGAGUAUAAACCUAGAACCAUGCAAUGUGGACCGGCGUAUCCCACAUUUACAGCUCAAUCUAUCAUUUUUCAUUUCAUCAUCGGGAUAUCAAACCUCUAUUUACCGCUAGGAAUUAUGUUGUUUUGCUACAUACGGAUAUUUCAAGAAAUAAAAAAGCACAUGCAGAGAAUGGACGAAAAUUCGGCCAUGGACCGGAAUCAGAUUUUCUCGCAACAACGCCGAGUGACUGUUACCCUCUUCAUUGUGCUGGCCUGCUUUGUUUUGUGUUGGCUGCCAUAUUGUGUGUACUCAAACUACGUCACUUUUGUGGAGGAUAAGACAACAAUACCGGCAUGGGCCAAUGGAGUUGCGUAUUGCGCCGGGUACAUGAACAGCGCGUGUAACCCCAUUAUAUACGCCUGGAGGAGCCCCUCGUUUAGGGAGGGAUACAAGGAAAUCCUCUGUCAGGAGCCUUCCUAUGUCGUCAGUGACGACCGGAUAGAAGUUUUGUACAAUCAGGAAAAUAGUCAACCAUUUAAACGACUAACAGACACGAUGCACGAUAGCUCGCCCGGUCCACGGAGGCGGAUCUCGCUUUUCAUCAACUCCGUCAGAGCGUCUCACCGCGGAUCUAGGAUGGGGUCUGACGAUUCUUUAUCCCACUACUCGCUUCAUAGUCUCAACAAAGCACACAAAGCAAACAAGGCCAAUGACUCCUCAACACACAAGCUGCUACGCAAGCUCACCGGUAAAACGGCCAAAGGUAGUUCCAUCAUCAAACGCGACGGGUCCGUGAUUCUAGUGAAAAAUGGCAAAAUUGUUUCAAUGCGCGAGGAUGUGCGCAGAAGGAACACAUACGGUGAUCUGGACGAUGUUUUUCUUCCCAGCUCGUCUCCCCUGGCGGACAAGUAUAAAAACGGAACUCGUCCUCCCCUUAUAAGGCAACCAAAUCUUAACAUUCUGUAUGAAAGUAACUCUGAAAGAGUAGUAUUAGGGCAGGCAAAAGAGAAUGGAUCUGCAUUAAGGUGUCGCUCUAUAUCGGAGGAAGACGUGAAAUCCAGCACACACUCCAUAGAGAAAGUUAAUUCCAGUGCACCAAAUAUCGAAAUCUUGAUUUCGGAGGCGACAAACGCAGAUGAGACUCAGACAGUGACUGAUAAUUUGUGUCCUCAAUGUCAGAGGUUAUCUACCUUUAAACCUUUGGAAACCCGAUGUUCCCACGGGUUGUUCCCGAGCCCCGUGACCAUCCGACGAUCACGUAGUGAUACAAUACGUCAGAGUGCCAGUAAUUCCCCGGAAGAAACUGUUCAUUUAUUGUCAAAGAGCGACCAAAAUGUGUACAAGUUACCUCUUUUGGCGUCGCCGUCGUCACCAUCAUUUGAACGCUUGAAAACGCAUGCGCAAACAAACGGGACUGCGAGUGACGGUGAAAUUAAUGUGAACGUGCCGCUUUAUACAAGACGGUGGUUAAAACAUAAUGUUAAUAGCGUGCAAACGUGAUAGUAUUGAAUUUCCCCCGUGUAAAACUGUGUAUUUUUUAUUUUGAUUUUAAACUGUAUGUGAUUUACGACUGGAAUUAGAAGCAAUAGUUGUCAUUAUGAUUUAAAGCAAUAUAUUUACAUGUGCGUGAAAUAUCCUUUACAAAGUCUAACGCUGUUGUAAGUUCUGAGAAGGACUGAGGACAUGUUUAACCGACCGGAAGUUUGCUACCGAACAGUUUAUUAGUCACUCGAAUGUUAGCAUGUUGAAAACUGUACAGUAUUACUUUUGCAAUUCAGAAUUGUACACUGUGCUUAUAUACAUGUACUUACAUCACAUUUCAUCUAAUGAAUAGCUGGUAAAAAAAAUAUUAGAUUUUGGUGAAACAAACAUAAAUAUGUCGUAAAUUAGGAAACCAUGCAAGCAUUGCUUAGAUAUGUGUUCAAUAUAUUUCCUGCACUGGAUAAGUUUUAAAACACUGAGUUCAAUUUUUAAAGUGAAAGUUUGAUCUCUGUUGUAUUUUUGUGAAAUAUUUUAUAAUUACAGAAAUCAGUUUUGAAUUUUUAAAUUUUGUUUGAAAGAUUUUAUAUGUAUACUCAGAAAAAAUUUAAAUUUUAGGAAAGAUUUAUUUUCAAAUCCUGGGACAUGUUGUAAAAUAUUUGUGUUAUAUGUUUUUAUUCCAGAGAUGUAAAUGUACGUUAGAAUUGAAAAAAUAAAAACGUUUUAUAGAA